AUGUCCCCGUCGACCAACCGGUCUCCGGAAGUCGAGGGCGUUGCUGGGCUUUUCUUGGGCUUGACGUGGGGAACUGCAGUCUUACGAAUCUAUGUUCGAGCGGUGAUGGCGAAGAAUUUUGGCCUGGAGGACUGGCUGGCCAUAUCCGCUCUGCUCUUGUUUACCUCAACGGCUGUGUUCGCCCUCCUAGGAAUAAAUGAAUCUAUGGGGUUGCCGUAUAACGAAGUCAUGGCGAUAGCUCCGCAGAACUAUACCCCUGCAAUGAUGUGGUGGUUUGCAGUCGAGCUUUCGUAUGUCACGGCGACUUGCGUCCUGAAGUUGAGCAUAGGAGUCUUUCUCUUGCGUAUUGCUGUCAAGGAGUGGCAUCGAAUCUGUCUCUACCUGACCAUGGGCUUCGUCUUGCUAUUCUCUGUUGGAUAUUUUUUCUUUCUCAUCUUCCAGUGCUCGCCGGUAGAUUUUUUCUGGCUACAGUUUUCACAGAAGCCGGGCACCUGCAUUAACCCUGACAUCGUCGGCGCCUUGACUUAUACGCACUCGGGACUGAAUGCGUCUGCCGAUAUCAUUCUCGCAUUCUUGCCAGUACACAUUGUAUCACAACUGCACAUGAACCUGCGGACGAAAAUCACCGUGUCCCUCAUUCUCUCGUUAGGAAUGAUCGCUUGUAUAGCAGUCAUCGUCCGUAUCCCGUACGUCAAGAUCCUGGUCGACAACUCCCAUGAUUUCUUGUAUUACUCCACCGAUGUGGUUAUUUGGUCCGCAAUCGAGCCAGGGCUGGCGAUCACAGCAGCGAAUAUGGCGACACUACGACCGCUCUUCAGCGUCUGCCUAUCGAGGAGCAAGUUCUGGGGGACGACGAGCAGUCGCUGCAAGACCUCCCGCUACUGGACUCACAAGACAGGAUCCGGGUUCUCGAGUCGCAUGCGCACCGCUGGUAAAGGCUACACGCGAAGCCGAAGCAUGGGCAACGCCGACGCGAUAGGACUGGGCGCUCUGGACCCAAAUGGUAGCCGGACGCGAGAAACCAAGUGCGGCGCAUGCGGAGCAGAUUGCGAUGCAUGUGGGAACCCUAGCACGAAGUCGAAUCUCGACACCCGGAUCGAAAAGGAAGCCCUCCCUCAAGGCAGUAGCUGGGACAUUGAGCGGCAGUCGGGGCCGAAUUGCAAGCCCACUGGGGAGUGGCCGCUAGUGUCCAGCGCCAGUGACAGUGACAAUUCCAAUUCCAAUCCCAAUCCCAAUGCCACAAUCGUCAAGACGGUGCGGACGGAGAUCUGGAGCUCCUACGAAUUCUCAGGACCGCUACCGACACUGCCACCCGAAAUGUACGACCAGCUAUGGGCGGAGCUGAUCGACCACCUCCUUGCGCAAGCCGACGUUCAGCCAGCCAGCGCCGAGGUUUUGGCUGAGCAUAGUGGAUUUACGAAUUGA